AUGCCGUCGUUCAUGAAGUUUGCCGCUGCGGCUCUUGCCGUGGCUGCCCCUCUGGUUUCGGCUCAGACUUACUCUGACUGCAACCCGAUGGAGAAAUCAUGCCCUCCGAACAAGGGUACGACCGAGUCCAACCUUCACUUUGACUUCACCCAGGCUAGUGCCCUCGACCAGUGGAAGAUCAGUGGGGGCAAAGUUCCCACUGGCUCCAAUGGUGCCGAGUUCACCAUCAACAAGGAAGGAGAUGCUCCUACCCUUGUCAGCAACUUCUACUUCUUCUACGGCGAAUUGUCCAUUGAGAUGAAGACUUCUCAUGGCCAGGGCAUUGUCAGCUCCGCCUUCUUGCAAUCCGAUGACAAGGAUGAGAUUGACUGGGAAGCACUGGGCACAAAGCCCGACACCAUCAUGACAAACUACUUCGGAAAGGGCGAUACCACGACCUACGACCGUGAGUCUUGGGUCCCCGUCAGCGCCCCUCAGGAGUCUUUCCACACCUACACCAUCCAAUGGACCAAAGAGACUAUCAACUGGUUGAUUGAUGGUAAAAUUGUCCGCACUGUCAACUACAAGGAUGCUCAGGGUGGCGCUCGCUACCCUCAGACCCCUAUGAACAUCCGCGUUGGUAUCUGGGCCGGUGGUGCUCCUACCAACGCCCAGGGUACCAUUGACUGGGCUGGUGGUCCGACCGACUACUCCAAGGGCCCCUACUCCAUGUACAUCAAGAGCAUCAAUGUCAAGAACGCCAACCCCGCCGAGUCCUACACUUGGUCCGACAAGUCUGGUUCCUCCGACAGCAUCAAGUUCACCGGGUCCAACGCUGUGACCUCGCGCAGCACUACCUCCGAAACUGCCACCAGCUCCUCUACUGAGUCUGCCUCUUCCACUGACUCUCCUUCCACUACCACCGAGGGCACUUCCAGCGCUGCCACCACUCUGGCUACCAAGACCUCCAGCUCCUCGUCUGCCGAGUCUACUGCCUCCAGCUCUGGUGCUGCCGGUGCUUCCAGCUCCGGUGCCUCCCCCAGUGGCUCUAGCAGCUCUGAGUCUGAAUCUAGCUCUACUGCCUCCCCCAGCGGCUCUGGCUCUAGCAGCUCUGGCUCCGGCUCCAGCACCGAGACUGGCUCCGGUUCCGGCUCCCCUUCGGGUUCUGGCUCGUCCACCAGCGCCAGCGCUAGCGCUAGCGCCAGCCCUAGCUUCAACGCAGCUGCCUCUGCCGCUGCCAGCUAUUUGGGACCUGUGUCCCUCCUGGGUCUGGUGACCGCCCUGCUCCAGCUGUAA